AUGAUGGAAGACAAAACCACAGAAACCAACAGUCCACCUUUCGAGGAAAACGUCAUGGCAGAUGAAGAAGACGAUCAGACUUCAGCUGCACGAAUAUUGAAUGAGGCAAAACAAGUACUCGUAGAAUUGUCAGCCGAUCAAGCAGUCGAAGUGGAUGAGGCAGAUGUGGCGGAACCACCGCCUACCAUGAUGAAAUCCUUAAGUUUCAGGGUUGGUUUCUCUCGCUUUGCAGCACCACUGGCAGAAAUUGACGUGAAACCAAUUGAAGAAGGCAACGAGGAGGAUGAAACCGAAGAAGAGCGUCUUGUCAGGGAACAACGGGAGGAAGAACAUCGAAAGCUGGAAAAGAUGAGGAAAGAAGUAGCAAAGAAAAAGAUUGAAUUAGUCCGAAUAUAUGAGAUUGGAAAAACAAGGAGACGACAAUACAAGACAACUGAGAAUGCUCACAUACGCGACAAGAAUGCAGUUGCCAGGACCUUAUGGAGGACACGAAAAAGUCAUCACAUGAAUCCAUUGUCAGGGAUGAAAGACUAUAAGAAGCAAAUGUUCAAGGUCAGCCUUCCAUGUCAUGAUUCAUCCAAUUCUACACUGGCUCAUGAAGCCAAAUUGUUAAAAGUAUGGCACAGCAAUCAUAUACUGGACCAUCAGAUGGAAAUGCUGCACGAACAACAAGAGCUUCUAAUUAGUUUCUUGCAUAAGGGAGUCAUGAACGAAGCCAGCAAGGACCGUGAAGAAAUAACAGGUACACUAAAAGAACAAGUGGAAGCUGCCCGAACGAAUCGGGAUGAACUUCAGGAAGCCUACGAAGCCAGGAUGGCAGCGCAACGCAAAUAUAUUGGCAACCUAAAGUUGAAAGAGAUGGCGGACGAUGAAAAAUCCGUGGACUCGACCGCGCUCGAAGCCGCCAAGCUAGCGGCUGGAGAAAUCCAAAGCUUUGAAGCUACCAAGCUAAGAAGAUCUGCAGAACUGCGAAUUGAAGCCAAGUUUGGAAGCCUCAAAGAACGAAAGGCCAAGAAAGAAAUUCGACAAGAAGUCUUUAAUAAAACGUUGGAAAAUGUCGAAGAGAUCGAGCGAACUUCCAUGGAAAGGGCCAAGAAUAUUUCGGGUGAAAUUCAGUCCGUACUGUCGUCCAUUCAUGUGCGUUUGGAGGAAGAAGAUUUAUCGGAACACCCCAUUGAAGAAGAACCGGCUGACACUUCUGAGGCUGAUGCUGACGCCGAGGCUGAUGAAUCAAAGGAAUCCACGCCACCACAACCGCUGGAUAGAUCCUUCAAAGAAGAACCAGAAGAAGAAGUUACCGAACGUAACGAUGAUGAUGAUGACCUCGGAAGCCAUCGAAUAGCAGCAUCACCACAAUCGACGAAGAACGGAGACGAACACUCACAAUCCAGCAAAGGAAGGGUGCACGAUCGAAAGGAAAAAGCAGACAUUUCUGCGAGAUUGGAAAUGCUGCGAGCUAAACGGCAACAGCAGCAACAACAAGUUGCUGCGAGAGUGUCGAGCAGAAAGCUGGGUUCUUCUCGAAAUGGGGCCAAACCAGCAGGGGAUGGCACUAAAAAACGAGUAGAUUUACUCCAACGGGCAAGAUCUGCCCGUUCGGCACGAUUGGUCACCAAGGAUCCAAGCAGCAGAAGCUUAGCCAGUACUCAAUCCAAAGAUGCCAAACUGGCUGAGCUUCGGGAACGACGAAGAAAUCGUGCUGCUACUACUCCAGCUACUGUUGCCGAAUCAUAG